UGGGUGGCAGGUGGGGAGACAGAAGAGGAGAAGAUUCGUGUGGACAUUUUGGAGAGCCAGACCAUGGACACCCGGAUGCAGCUGGCCAUGACCUGCUACAACCCAGAAUUUGAGAAACUGAAGCCAAAGUACUUAGAGGAACUCCCUGAAAAGUUAAAGCUCUACUCACAGUUCCUGGGGAAGCGGCCAUGGUUUGCAGGAGACAAGAUCACCUUUGUGGAUUUCCUCGCCUAUGAUGUCCUUGACCAAAACCGUAUAUUUGAGCCCGGUUGCCUGGACGCCUUCCCAAACCUGAAGGACUUCAUGUCCCGAUUUGAGGUGAUGCCCCUGUCCUCCAUUCUCUCUGAUGCCCCUUGUUCCUUUCUCUCCUUUAAGAUGCUUUCCUAGUCCUGGAGCUACACUGAGA